CAGCGCCUGCGAAACAGCUCUGCAUCUCCAUCACCUUUCAUGACACACAUAACUGAAGGAAACAUCUUGGUUUUGUAAGAAGUCAAACUUGUAACAGCAGUUUUGGAUUUCCUCAACCACUUUUCAGGCCUUUGCCCUCCAGAGCCCUGACUUCGAGACCUGCACAGCGAGGGUUAGGGUGUUCAAACCAAGUCCUGCAGCUUCUCUUUUUCUUCUGACUUUGAUUUGAGUUAAGAAUGACAGACCCUGAUGCUGGAGCAUCCAUGACUCCAGAACUUCGGAAGAGGAAGAGCCGGGUCUCCUGGAAACUGCUCUACAUCUUAAUAGCCCUGGCGCUCCUAGCUGUCGUAAUUGAGGGGUACCUCAUUCACUGCCUGCGGAUGAGAAGCCCAGAACAAGAUAAGGCCAACAAUGAAGAAAUCACAAAUGCAAAACAGAUCCAUGAAGAAAUCAAACAUAUGCACAGAGACUUGACAAAGCCUUCAGCUCAUGUCACAGGCUGUAAAUUCAACACCAGUAAUGAUGGGAAGCUGUCCUGGGAGCCCCAAAACGGAGAUGCCUACACCUAUGAAAUGGACUACAAAGAUGGUGCUUUGGUCAUUAAGAAGGAGGGAUACUAUUUCAUUUAUUCCAAAAUCAUUUAUGGUGAAAGAGAUUGCAAAACCGGUCACUUAGAAACCUUCAAGCACACAGUAUUUAAGAUAACACAGACAGUUUCUAGAGAAGUGGAGCUGAUGAGCUCUGUCAGGUCCUACUGCAAAAAUGACAAGGAAGGUGAGUUAGUAAACAGCUUCCUUGGUGGAAUCUAUUACCUUUUAAAAGGGAAUCAGAUUUUUGUUACAGUGACUGAAACUAAAAAUAUCCUAGUGCAAACGAGCGCUGAAAAUGUCUUUGGAGCUUUCCUAAUGUGAGAUAAUCUCUUCUUACUUUGUCUUAAUGAGACUAAGAAAGCGGUUCAGCAAGUCAUCUCUGUGUCCCUCACUUCAGUAUUGUCCUCAGGUCAAGAGCUUCAUGAGUUGCUGAAUGGACUGAAACUCUUAGUGAUUACAUGAUAAGAGAUUUUGUCUUCACAAAGAAUUCGUUUUGAAUCAUUUUAAAAACUCGAUUCUGUGUGAAAUAAUUCUACUACCCUAAAUGUGGUUCAUAUUUUGUGUAAUGUUGUACUUUUCUGCUCUUACUCUUAGUACAGUUAAAGUAAGCAUGAACAGUUCCUGUUGUUUGAUACAGUUACUAUCUGUAUGUGACAGUCCAGACUAAAACUGCUCCUAGGCAAUGCUUUAGGGUAGGCUGCUUGGCAUGUGCAGGAUACAGCCUGCUAGAUGAACUACAGUUGGGCUUGGUAUCUUCCUUAUUCAGUAUUUGAACUUAUGCCUUCCACUGACGUCAUGCUGUGUGUGCAAGGACUUGGACUGGCCAUUUCAAAAGCUUGAAGAAGAAAACCGGUUGAAAGUAUGAUGAAAGAGAGAGAAGAAGGGCUGAAUAGAAGACUGAGAGAGAUACAAGCAGUGAGAAAAGUGGAAACUCCAUAAAUGCUCUCUUGUUACAGGAGUAGCAGGAAAAUGUCUAUCCUUUAAGAGGCAGAAAGAGGCUAUUAGUGUCAUUUUCAUAUUAUUCUGUGUGAAUUAUCUUUUUUCUAUUUUAUGCCAUAAUAAAAGUCAGGACGUUUUUAAACUUUGAUCCAUGUUUGUGUCCCCCGCUGAGAACUCAGAAAUAAAAACAGAAAAGCAUGGUAAAGAAAAUGAACAGGUUAAAUGCUGGGGUACAGCCCAGACCUCAUUUAUUCUGGUCCUGGG